AUGACAUACAACCCUUACAGGCAACCUCCCCACGACGCCCUCUACGGUAGCCAGUAUAGGAGCUGGAGUCGAGACCGUGGUCGGGACCACUAUAGGCCUCGUGAGGCGGACCCUAGGGUCGGUACACCUCGCGCUAGUCGAAACACGCGCCGUGGUAGUCCUCCAAGGGGCGCUGACUAUCCCGGGGCGAGUCGUAUUGACGACGACGACGGGUACUACGAACGGCUGGGCCGUCGCCUGGGCAGGGAUAGGUAUGCCGGUGUGGGUGGCCCAACUUAUGGCGAAUUCGACGAUAGGUUCAGGCAAGCUGGGGCUGAGCUAAAUCGCGAGAGGAGAGAAGCGGCCGUUAACUAUCACUACGAUCUGCCCCGAGCCAUGCCACCUCCACGUGGAGGAGGAGGGUUUGAUGGUUACGUGCCAGGCUACGACUAUCCGCCAGACCCUCAGACAAUGCCACGCGCGGGUAAUCCGCCACCGACCCAACCGUAUCAUCCACAUCCUCCGCGGGAUCGGUCCCGCUCGGUUCCUCGGCGUGGCGGUGAGCGGCUGCGGAAAACUAGAUCGAAGCCCAAGUUGUCUUUCUGGUACGUGUAUGUGGGCACGACGGACCCGGACGGCAAGGUCAUUGACGGCUACGAGGGUUAUGAGAGUGAACCGUGA